AGAAAUUAAAAUUUUCUAUGAUAAUUUAAAAUAUAGAAUAAAAAUUGUCCAUAAAAAUUAAAAAUUUAUCAACAAUUCUUAUUAACACUAUUAAAAAGGAACCCUAGGCUUUCAUAGGUUUAUGCCGGCUGGCCGGCAAUAACAAUAACACAUAAGAUAAUGAAAAACAUUUUAAAAAAUUUUCCCUCAAAGACAAACGCAUUUAUAAAAUAUUUCUCCAGCAGAAUGGACGCAAAACAGCAAACUCAAGUAGCAGCUGUACCAGCUGAUGAACGUAACAUAGAAAUAAAGGCACGCAUUGGUUCCGAUGAAGAAUUUGAAAAACGUGUGGCCAUUGCCAAAAAACUAACCAACUCGGAUGGAGAGUUAAUUGUACAACGUGAUGUUUUCUUUAAUUCUCAAAGUGGACGCUUUAAAUUGCGCUAUCUACAGCCUCCUGCACGUUCUCAACUUGUCUACUAUGAUCGUCCCGAUGUGGCCGGGCCAAAAUUGUCAAAAUUCAAUAAAACCGAACUUGAUGAGCCAGAGGUAAUGGAAAAGAUUCUAACACAAUCGAAUGGUGUACGUGGUGUCUUAUCCAAAAAACGUUAUUUGUUUAUGUAUGAGAGAACACGCAUUCACUUGGAUAAGAUGGAGGAUUUGGGUAAUUUUAUGGAAUUUGAAGUGUGUUUAUUGCCGGAGCAGACAAUAGAAGAGGGUCAGGCGGUGGCUGAUAAGUUGAUAAAGGAAUUUGGCAUUAAAACUGAAGAUCUUAUGACGGGAGCAUACUUUGAUGAGUUGAAGAAAUAAUGUUGAUAAUAAUAUACAUAUUUGUUGUAAACUAAACGAGAAAAACUCUUUUUGGUAUUUGUUGUUGCAUUUUCCACAAAACUAUUUCUAACAAAAUGUUGCCGCCAAAAAUAUUAGGGAGACACAGUCAAUAUAAAUUUUUAAUGGUACUUACUUAUUAUUAAUGAAAUUUAACAGCAACCUUCAUCUCCUUUUACAUUUGAUUUAGUUGUAGUUAUAAAUUAAUAUUUUAUUUAUCACUUAAUUGUUUAAUAACAUUAAAUUAUUUAAAAUAAAGAUUAUAGUUUUUCAUUUCUUCUACCGAAUUUCUA